ACCACUCUCUGCCUCUUUUCACCAGGAUUCAAAAUGGUGGGUGAAACCAAGGCUAACCCCAUGAAGGACUUGAGGAUCUCUAAGCUGGUCCUAAAUGUUUGUGUUGGCGAGAGUGGUGACAGGCUGACCAGAGCCGCCAAGGUCUUGGAACAGCUUACUGGACAACAACCAGUCUUCUCUAAGGCUCGUUAUACUGUGCGAUCAUUUGGUAUCAGGAGAAAUGAAAAGAUCUCUGUCCACUGCACCGUCAGAGGUCCCAAGGCUGAAGAGAUCCUUGAGAAAGGACUUAAGGUCAAGGAGUAUGAAUUGCCAAGAGGAUGCUUCUCCGAAACUGGAAACUUUGGGUUUGGUAUCCAGGAACACAUUGAUCUUGGCAUCAAGUAUGAUCCCUCCAUUGGUAUCUAUGGUAUGGACUUCUAUAUUGUAUUAGGAAGACCAGGAAUGAACAUCUCUAAGAGGAGGCGUGCCAGGUCAAGGGUUGGUGCUCCCCACAGGCUUAAAAAGGAUGAUGCUAUGAAGUGGUUCCAACAGAAGUAUGACGGCAUCAUCUUAAGAAAGUAAUGUCACCUGUAGAAAACCACAAACUGAAAUCUUGAAAUAAAUCAUAACUUUACCAUCA